UAAAAAUUCAUUUAUAUUUUGAUAAAUUUUAAAUUUUCAAUUUAAUAAUUCAAAAUCAAAUAAAAACAUUUAAAUUAUUUAGAUAAAUAGGACAAAUAUAUAUGACUGGAAUGUACAGUAGUUGAUAAUGCAGAAACACAAGGAGCCACCUGGAAGUUAGUGUGACCGAGUUGGCCACCUUUGGUGAAAAGGGGACUGAAACGGCUUUCUGAUGGAGGAAAACGACGAUCUUCAAGAAAAUCAUUUUGAAAUGGACAUGCAGAUGAUGGGUAGAAAAACUACAGUGAAGAAAAGCUGGGAUGAAUCAAAGAAGAUGUGGGAAAUAGCAGCACCUGCCAUGAUCACAACAGUAACCCAAUUCUCUAUUGGGUUCGUCACUUCUGCAUUUGUUGGCCAUUUGGGAGAGAUGGAGCUUGCUGCUGUUUCAAUUGUUCAUAAUGUAAUCGAAGGCUUCGUUGAUGGGGUUAUGCUAGGGAUGGGAAGUGCCCUGGAGACGCUAUGUGGGCAAGCUGUCGGUGCUGGACAAAUGAACUUGCUUGGUAUCUAUAUGCAAAGAUCAUGGAUCAUCACUGGGGUUACUGCUUUGGUUUUUACACCCUUUUAUGUUUUUGCUUCGCCAUUAUUACAACUUCUUCAUCAAGACAAGGAUAUUUCAAAUCUUGCUGGAAAGUACUCGAUAUGGGUGAUUCCUCAAUUGUUUGCUUAUGCUGUAAAUUAUCCAAUACAGAAGUUUCUCCAAGCACAGAGCAGAGUGUGGGUUAUGACGAUUAUUUCCGUAGUAGCUCUUGCAUUUCAUGUGUUGUUGAAUUGGGUGCUUGUAACAAAAUUGGAUCACGGGCUUGCUGGUGCUGCCAUUGCAGGGAAUAUCUCGUGGUGGCUUGUGGUUUUGGGUCAGAUAGUUUAUGUGGUCUGUGGUUAUUUCCCAGAGGCAUGGACUGGUUUUUCCUGGUCAGCUUUGAAGUCAUUAGCCAGUUUUCUGAAGCUCUCAAUUGCAUCAGCUGUAAUGUUAUGCUUGGAAGUAUGGUACUUCACAACACUGAUUCUUAUGGUGGGACGGUUAGAUAAUCCAGAAAUUGCAGUAGAUGCAAUUUCCAUCUGCAUGAACCUGCAACUGUGGGCACUGACAAUUGCUCUCGGUUUCAAUGCAGCAAUAAGCGUACGAGUAUCAAAUGAGCUUGGAGCUGGAAAUCCUAAAGCAGCAAAGUUCUCAGCAGUGGUGACUCUUCUAACUUCAACAGCAAUUGGAGUUGUGUUCAUAGCUUUGAUUCUAAUAAACAAGAAUGACUUCCCAAAGGUGUUUACUGAAAAACCAGUAGUCAUGAAGGAGGCAUCAAAGCUGAGUUACUUUUUGGCAGCAACAAUCUUCCUCGACAGCAUCCAGCCUGUGCUCUAUGGGGUGGCAGUGGGUGCAGGCUGGCAGGUCUCAGUGGCCUUGAUCAAUAUUGGAUGUUAUUACAUCAUAGGACUCCCUGUUGGUGCUGUCCUUGGAUACAAGUUAAAGCUGGGUGUUAAGGGCAUAUGGUCAGGAAUGUUGGCUGGUUGUCUGCUUCAAACAGUAAUUUUGUUUUGCGGCUUCCUGCGUACAAACUGGCAAAAAGAAGCUGCAAAAGCUGAAAAGCACGUCAGAACUUGGGGUGGCUCUCAGGAAUCACAGCAAAGUUCAUCAGAAAACAUCAUGAAUAGAUGAUGAAU